UAACCCUGAUAAGGGUCUCCAGUUCCUGAUCUCACGAGGUUUCAUCCCGGACACGCCCAUAGGUGUGGCUCACUUCCUGCUUCAGAGGAAGGGCCUGAGCAGGCAGAUGAUUGGAGAGUUCCUGGGAAACAGCAAGAAGCCCUUCAACAGAGACGUCCUAGAUUGUGUGGUGGAUGAGAUGGAUUUCUCAGGGAUGGAGCUGGACGAGGCUCUGAGGAAGUUCCAGGCUCACAUCAGAGUCCAGGGAGAGGCCCAGAAGGUGGAGAGACUGAUCGAGGCCUUCAGUCAGCGGUACUGCAUGUGUAACCCGGACGUGGUGCAGCAGUUCCACAACCCCGACACCAUCUUCAUCCUGGCCUUUGCUAUCAUCCUCCUCAACACAGACAUGUACUCACCCAACAUCAAGCCUGACCGCAAGAUGAUGCUGGAGGACUUCAUACGCAACCUCCGAGGUGUGGAUGAUGGAGCAGACAUCCCCAGAGACAUGGUGGUGGGCAUCUAUGAGAGGAUCCAACAGAGAGAGCUGCGAUCCAAUGAAGACCACGUCACCUACGUCACCAAGGUGGAGCAGUCCAUUGUGGGCAUGAAGACAGUUCUGUCUGUGCCCCACAGAAGGUUGGUGUGCUGUAGCCGUCUGUUUGAGGUGACGGACGUCAACAAGGCCCAAAAACAGGCAGCCCACCAGAGAGAAGUCUUCCUCUUCAAUGACCUUAUCGUGAUCCUGAAGCUGUGUCCAAAGAAGAAGAGUUCAGCAGCCUACACCUUCUGUAAAGCCCUGGGCCUCCUGGGCAUGCACUUCACACUGUUUGAGAACGAGUACUACCCCCAUGGCAUCACCAUCAUCUCACCCUUUGGCUCAGACAAGAAGCAGGUGCUCAACUUCUGUGCCCAGAGCGCCGAGGAGCUGCUCAAGUUUCUAGAAGAUCUGAAGGAGUCCAUUGCUGAGGUGUCAGAGAUGGAACAGAUACGCAUUGAAUGGGAGUUGGAGAAACAACAGGGCUCGAAGGGAGUGUCAGCUAAGAACAAUGGCACUCUGGAGCUACGCAGCAAACAGGGCUCCCCGUCAGGCAAGCAGGACCUGGAUGAGAACAGUGGACACAAUGCAGUGGAGGUGUCAAUUCACAACAGGCUUCAUACGUACCAGCUCAGCAGCAGCGGGAGCUUGCCCCGGAGCCCCGAGAGUGUUGGAGCCCUUCUUAACCACCGGGGGGAGCUCUUGCAGCAGCCGCAGCUUCAGUCAGCCGCCGGCACCCCCCUCCACCACCUGCAGCAGCUCCAGCCAAUCAGUAUGGGCGACCUUCGGACCGACACACUCAUCCAGUGCCAGCAGAUUGUCAAGGUGAUUGUCCUGGACAACAGCGGCCAUGGCCGCGUGGAGGCCUUCCUCAGCCACACCCCCACCCACGCCCAUCAUCAUCACCAUGCCCACCACCACCAGGUCGUCCGAUCGGCCGCCUCCACUCCUGUGAGGUCGCCAGAGAGCAAGGACGGUCACCAGCCCCCCUUACCCCCUCCUCCUCCCCCCUACAACCACCCCCACCAGUACAUCCCCCCGGCGGACCCCCGCCUCAGCCUCCAGAGGACCCCAAGUGGCUCUCGAAGCCUGCUGUAAAUAAGAGACCAAUGAACCAAUGACCCCCCCCCCCCCUCACCCACCUGACCUCACCCCAACCUCACACCUCCCUCCCAACCUCAGCCCAACCCCACCCACCCCGACCACGUCACUAACAGAACAUAUGUACAUGCUAUACAUACAGAGACAGAGCUAUAAAAAAGUUAACACAUCUAUAUGCAUAUAUUUAAGGAAAUAACGACAAAAGAUGAAUCGAGGUAAAUAUUUAAAAAGAGGUGUGGAGUAACGUCAUGAGAAUAAUCCAAGUGAAAAAGAAGACGAAUUUUACUUGAUUCCAUGUGUAUUUUGAAAUAUUAUGUAGUUUUAACAAAUUUCUAUAACAGUUUUGUCAGUUUUAACUCUUUAAAUAUAGAUAAUAUCAUUGGUUUCUUUAGUUUUCUGGAUGGAUCUUUAGUAGUUAACAAGGAAGGACGUAGUACAAAAUCCAGCACCAACCAACUAGAUUCAGAUGGAUUCCACAGACUACGUGAAUGUCUUGGAGAUUCACUCCAAGAUUGAACUUAAUCUAAGAACGACUUUUGUUCACUUUUACCAUUCAUAUCCUAACCUCAUCUCUACUAUGUGUGUGUGCAUUUGAUUGACAAUGACUGAACAAUGUGUGUGCCAAAAUUACGGAAAUCUCCACCAAACGGACUACUUUGUACUCGGCUAGAAGAAAACUAGAAGAACUCAGAAUCUCCUCCGCUCUCACCUCGAGGAGUACCCUACAUAUAAAAAUAAUUACAGCUAGCGAUAUUUCAGUGCAACCUGUCUCCUUGUUUGCAAUGUCUCCUUGUCUCCUUGUUUGCAAUCGUUGUUUGGAAUGUGGAUUUAUUUAUUGAAAUGGGAGACUGCUGUAUCUCUUUCUCCCCUCUCUCUCUCUCUCUCUCUGUCUCUCUCUCCCUCUCUGUCUCUCUCUCCCUCCCUCCCUCUCUCUCUCUCUCUCUCUCUCUCUCUCUCUCUCUCUCUCUCUCUCUCUGUCUCUCUCUCCCUCUCUGUCUCUCUCUCGUCUCUCUCUCUCUCUCUCUCUCUCCCUCUCUGUCUCUCUCUCGUCUCUUUCUGUCUCUCUCUGUCUCUCUCUCCCUCUCUAUCUCCCCCCUCUUUCCCUCUCUAUCUCCCCUCUCACUCUCUCUCUCUCUCUCUCUCGCUCUCUCUCUGUCUCUCUCUCCCUCUCUGUCUCUCUCUCGUCUCUCUCCCUCUCUCCCUCUCUGUCUCUCUCUCUCUCUCGUCUCUUUCUGUCUCUCUCUGUCUCUCUCUCGUUUCUCUCUCUCGCUCUCUGUCUCUCUCUCUCUCGUCUCUUUCUGUCUCUCUCUGUCUCUCUCUCGUCUCUCUCUCUCGCUCUCCCUCUGUCUCUCUCUCGUCUCUUUCUGUCUCUCUCUCUGUGAUCUGAGGAGGUGUGUUAUUUGUCACUCUCUGUGAUGUUGUUUUUCUUUAUUUUCUAUUAUCAGGAAACACACUUCCACUGUCAUCCUCCACAGAUCCCCGUUCAGUUACUGUAGCUAAGGAUGAUGGCAUAUGAAGGCAAGGCAAUCAAUCAGAAGGCUUACUGCCAAACCAAAAGCCAAUAACAGCCCAGGAAAUAAGCUCUUUAUUUGCUAUCGUCAUUGUUAUAUUCAGCUCAGGAAUUCUUGACGUAAAUGUUCUGGAAUGUUCUGGAAUGGUUUAGAUUGCACAUUUAUUGUAUGCAUGUGCUGUUAUGCUGAGAGCAUAACUAGGAACAGAAAUAACUCCAGGCCCUAAUCACAGCCAAUAAGACUGGUAUUUCCCACUAUUCGCCCUUUGCCAGUCUGUAGAUCUGUCUGCCAAUACAAUCCAACCAAAAUGAUUUCCCAGUGUAUUUUGGAGUGCAACACACUCAUUAUGUUAAAGAUAUGCACUGGAUAAACAUGACACUUGUAAUUUCUCAAUGCUGCUUCUUCUGUGUAUCAUUAUCAAGCCUUUUUAUUUGACUUUUUAAAAGCUUAGUACUCCAAUAUUCACAUCACUCAUAACAGCACUCAAAUGUUUUGUCUGUUAUUUGCUCAUCUGUAUUGAAGGGGACAAGAAUAAUCUUAAUCUCUCGCUUUUCGCUCAGCUUAGUUUGUUAAAUAUCAAAUUGGGUUGUCAGAGAGGACAAACGAGUUAUCUCCAUCCAUGUAAAUGCUAAGGUCAACAAAAUGUCAUUUAUCUGAAAUAGUUAAUCGACUGCUCUGGUCUGAUUGUGCCCAUGUUUAAAACAUGAGCUACAUCAGGUGGUGUGGAGUAUGUAUUCGGCUGGCCCUCCUGGCCUCCUCUCAUCCAGCCCUGCCGCUAGUUCAGAUAAUUACCAACCUGCUGUGUGGAGGUCUCCAUCUCAUCUCCAAUCUCAGUCUACUUCAUCUGUGAGGAGCGAGCUCCUGGAAAAACAAUCUAUUGCGCCACGCUGCUGUGGAGGCUGAGAGGUUGACUGUGGUGUGUGUGUGUGUGUGUCUGUGAUAUACCAAAUGUGAUAUGUAUCCCAUAUCUCCUGUGUGUGUGUGUGUGUGGAGAUUGUCCCAUGCCCACCGCAGCAUCGUGACUCCCGCUCACCAAGAGGAGAUCUCACACAAAUCUCUUCAGCGGAGAUCCUUCCCCUUUUUCUCUCUUUAUUUAAUGUGUCAGUUUCAAUAGACACAAGGCUAUGUUAUAUUAACUGCUGAAGGGUGUUUAAAACAGGGUUACAUAUUUCAAAUACUUCACUGUGUCAGUGUCCCAAAUAGUGCACUGUUCCCUCAUAGUCCCCUACUUUUGACCUAUAGGCCCUGGUCAAAAUUAGUGCCGUAGAGAGGGAAUAGGGUACCAUUUGGGACGCUCGCUGUCUCUUUAGUGUUGAACAGCCCAUGGCAAACCAGAGAGCUGUGUCUGUAUCCAUUUCACACUCUAAGAACAAGGUAAUCUGUUUUCUGUUCCUUUAGUCGUUGUCAAUUCGAAAUGUGGAGUGAAUGUGAUUCUUCAACCAGGCAUGACAUUGGUUUUGUAUGUAUAGGAGGCCUAUUGAUACUGUGAUACAUGCUUUCCCUUCAAAGUCAAGUUUGUUGUGCAUGACUGAAGUUGACAGAGUGCAGCACAGGGGAUAAAUAUGUCAUUAUUCUGUCAGUUCACCCACAAUGCAUCAGAAUGUGAGAAGCCUAUCAUUGUCUUUGUGGGUGAAAAUGUGACUGUCUCCCACGAAUGGAGUCUCAAGCAGCAAAAAUUAGGUUUAGUGGAAUUGAUUGAAUGCUACUGUAAGUUAGUUAAAAUGACUAACCUUUUUCUUUGAAUAUAGACGAAAGGGCUCUGUGAUGCUAAAAAUGCACUGCUGUCAUUUCGGGUGACACGUGGAACCCUUCCCUUCUGGGGGUUUUCUGUCACCUAUGUUGUUCUAUUGUCACACAAUGAGGAAGGGAAUGUUUUAGGAGGACGGACUUGUUGAAUCUGGGCAAAGGUUUUAACCAUCACCUCCCUCAAUUGGCUUUGAAUCCCUCUUUACCUGUCUUUUGUUCUGCAGUAUAUCAACAUGCUAUUAAAGAUGGUUUCAGUCUAUUCACCAUA